AUGGUUAGGGCUGAUGCAUCUGUCAGCAUCAAGGUGCUCCUAAAUGCCACCGCCACACACUUUGGGUUUAGGCCGACUUACAGGAGGUUGGACGAGUCUCGAGCUUAUUUUCACAGACUAUUCUGGACAUUUCCACCUUGUAUCGAGGCAUUCCGUCAUUGCAAGCCCCUAGUUAGUAUUGACGGCACCCAUCUGUAUGACAAGUAUGGGGGAACUUUGCUUGUCGCGAUUGCACAGGACGGGAACUCCAACAUACUCCCUGUUGCAUUCGCAUUAGUCGAGGGAGAGAAUGCUGAGUCGUGGUCCUUCUUUCUCUCUCACCUGCGUGAGCAUGUGACACCACAGCCGGGUCUGUUGGUUAUCUCGGACAGGUAUAACGGCAUCAAGGCCGUGCUUGAGGCUCCUGACGGAGGCUGGUUACCUUCGUCUGCAUACCGGGGCAAAGACGCAAGGAGGCUACUUGUGAAUGCGGCGUACGCUAAGACCGAGGUUGAGUUCCAUUACUGGUUUGAUAUUCUUAGGUCCGAAGACCCGGCAAUGUGUGACUGGGCGAACCGGAUUGAGUAUUCGUUGUGGACACAGCAUUGUGAUGAGGGGCGUAGAUUCAGACACAUGACGACGAAUAUAUCUGAGUGUGUGAACUCGAUCCUCAAGGGUGUCAGAAACCUUCCUGUGUGCUCGCUAAUGAAGGCAACAUACGGAAAGUUGGCGGAAUUAUUUGUUCGCAAAGGGAGAGAGGCUGAGGCGCAGAUGGGAACCAGACAACAAUUUAGUUAG